AUGGCCACCUUCAAAGCCCUCAACCUCGAAUCCGACGAUGAAGAAGACAUCGAAAUCGACGACACCAAGGAAAUCCAGAUCGAAGAAGCUCUCAAGCUAUACCAGACUGCCCUGAAGUUCCACUCGGAUGGCCCCCCUUCCUACGCUCAGGCUGCCGAAGCAUAUCGCGCCCUCUUCGAAUCAGACAUUUUCAAAUAUCCAGAGUCGCAACAGGAACUCAAACGCCUAGAACUUUAUGGCCCACAACCAGAAGAUGACGACUAUUACUAUUCACAACACCAAGACCACGUUGUACCGAGUGGUGAGAACGCACCUAGUACUCUGCCUCAAAUCAUCCAUCUCGCCUACAAGAAUCAUGGUCAAUUUCUACUCGAGUCUCUACAAUACGAACUGUUACAUUCGACACAACACGUCGAGCUAAACACCAAACACAUCCUCAAAGCUUCUGCUGCUGCCCUCGAGUGCUUUGUCGAGGCCAUAGACAAGGAUGAUACGGAUCUAGACUUGUGGAGACGCUCUGCUGCUGUUGGAGAAAUGCUGGGCAGUCAUCGCAUCGCUCGCUUUUGUCUCGAAGCUGUGCUGGAUGAUGAUGCCCAAGGUCUAGACUCUGUGCUAUCCAUCCCUGGUAUCUCCGAAACUCUUGCUGGCCAACAACUCCGAGAACUUGUCGCCAAACUGCAAGAUGAGCUUUCCGUCUUGCAAGCUCCCUUGUCAACCAUGAAGCGCCGUCGACUGUCUAGCAUGCUCAAGCAGAAGCUGGCCAACUACUCGGUCAUCCACAACUACCAGAAAGAGCACCCUGUACCCUCUGUCUCGCAGCACCAGGCACUGCGAUGUGUCCUCAGUGAACCCAAGUCAUGGCACGAUUUGGGCGACAUCCUUCUACGUCACUAUCUCGCUGAGCAGGCAGGUACUACAUCAGCUCUGCCUGGGCUCGGUAUCUCCUUCAAUUCAGAUCGCCAAUCUCCAGAUGUCGAGCUGAUCGAGCCUGAUCAACCAUCCCCUCGUCAAUCGUCGGCACCGUCGCCUGGCAUGUCUUCAUUAGUUGACGCCCAAUUUCCCGGCAUGGAUGGCGGCCAGCCCACUGCCCCUCCGCCCGCCUUUGAGGACUCCCAAAACACAGAGGAAACCCCUCGGGCCGCUUCUGUCACAGUCCUGCCUACCAGAAAACGCUCAAGUGACGCUGCUGGGCUCAUUGAUGGCAUCUCUGCUGAAGGUGCAAGGUCGAAGAGCAAGCGCCUGCGCGCCAGAGAGUCGAUUCUUGAUCAGAGCCAGCUAGAGGACGAAACUAUGGUGGAUCCUGCUCAAGCAGAUGAUGCUUUGGCAGACUUGGACUAUGUUGACAACCAGCUCUUUGAAUCGCUGGACGAGCUUUUUGAGAAGGUGCACCUGCCCAAGUUUGCUGUGUCUCCUAAUGUCCGUAAAGACUUGCGCGAAGCUGCGGCUGAAAGCGACCUGAAACCUCAAGGUGUGGACCUUGCCUGUGUAGAUAUGUACUCAUUCCUCAAUGAAUACUCGGACGAACGAGCACGGAUGUUGCUCAACGCUAACAGCGAUCUUGACACCACCUCUGAUGCUCAUGUCAAGCCGAGCGGUCGCUUCUCUUCGGCUCCCAUCACUCAAACUCGGACUGUCGACAAGCCUGACCUGGACCUUCGCGCCGAGCUUGAUCGCUUCACGACCCGGAUAAAUACGAACUUCCUUCACAUCAACGAUGUACUCUACGAGUGGGUCAUACAGUUCCUAAGCCCUGACCAUGGAUCAUUCACACGUCCUGAAUUGUCUGCUGGCACAUCUAGCUACAUCGGCCACACAUGGCCGCAAGACUUCAAGGCGCUUUUGGUAAGAGUUCUCGUCACGACUGAUGCGUUUAUCUUCGAGACGCUGUCCGACUUUGUAUCGAAGUGGGACAAGGUCCUGCUUUCAGACACAAGGAUCGACCACCAUGACGAUGCUCUGCCGUUCAUCGAGGUCAUACAAACUCUCUUCGAAUCACACGUGGAUGUAUAUUCGCUUGUCAAAGAACCCAACAGUGGCGUCGAUACCGAGACUCUGCAACUUCAAGAAGACCGCGCCGAACGCUGGAGCAAUCUUGCGCGCGAUGCAAUGAAUUUGCGUACUAGUCUACUGCAAAAACCAAGUUUGAAAGACCAGAUCAAUUUACGCUAUCUAUGGACCGUCACCCACCACAUCAGCGUUUCAGACAACAUCUCCCAAGAACAAGUCAUCGCUUGUUGGUCUGAGCUGAAGUCAAUCUUCGAGGCAGUUGGCGAGACAGUCGAUCUUCCCAACAAUUCUGUAAUGCCGCAAAUGUCAAUCGAAGCCAUUGAUAGAGAGCUCUCCCGACUGACGACCCAGGACUUCUUCACCAAGGUCUUUGAUCCUACACAAAAUGAUCCCACCGUGGUCAUUGAAGGUCUCGAGCCACUUCUAGAAACCUUGCAUCAGGACUUGCACAUCAGCAGCCUGCCCGAACCUGAUGAGCGCGAUAUUCCUGCCAACUCUACUUCAGCCCCCUCAGAACUUCUGAAUUUCUUGAAGAACAGCAAUAUCGGCAUGCAAGUCUCCCUUUGGCAGAGACUUCGUGAAGCAUAUGAGUCCAUCGACUACCAACCCAUGGUAGUCUGUUGCUACUUCCGCGUGAUCGAGCUGCUUUUAGCAGACCUCAAGUCUAGUCCAUAUUCUGAGAAGUCUGUCAAUGAGCGCCAAACGGUGUUGCUUAAGUACAUGCGUCUCAUCAAUGACCUUGUCAGCAAGAUCAGCGCGUCCAUUACUUCUCAUACCGAUGCUCUGGACUGCAUGGAUGAUGAACGGCUUCAAAAUGCGACAGGCUGCUUGGUUGACUUGCAGAAAGUACUGCAUGCCUCGACCAUGUUACAAGAUGAAAUUCAAGUGGGCGCUAGACAGGCACCUUCUUCCAGUAAUGGCGCUCCACUCAAGUCAUUCACUGCUGUCAAGAAAGUUCUGCAGGAAUUACAAUUGCAAUCAUGGACUCUGCUAUACAAGCUCUACCGCGAAAGCUUAGCACAAAACAUCGACAAAGCUGAGAAACCCAAUGAGUCUCUGUUUGAAUUCUUGAGAGCUGUUCAUCAAGUCUUGGGAGCUCGAAGCAUAUGUGGAGGAUCAGAACGUGUUUUCCUCAAGCUUGCAAAGUCGGAAGUCCUUCGCUUCCGGAACGAGUCGGAAGAGCAGAACGACGACUUUGACCUUGAGUUUGCUCAGAUCCUGUAUGACAUGUUUGGCCUAAAAUGUUUCCUCAACCCAAGUUAUGCGCUUAGGGAGCACAAUUGCAUUCACGAUGCUUUUGUUGACAAGACAUCAGGCAUGCAAGCUGUUGAUUUGUUGCUCAACUUGGCGUCGAGAAUCAAGAUGACCGACCUGCCCAAGCAUCCUCUCAGAGACACGAUCGAGAAAGUUCAUGGCAUCAUUGGACGCAAGAAACCAUCCGAUGCAAUUCUUCGCAAUCGUGAUGUGUACAGGGGUUUCCUCAAGUCACACAUCAUUCCCGUUGAUCUGUACAAAUGCUUGAGAGGAGAGGGCGAACUUGCUCUAACCCCGGUCCCAGCUGAGCAUGCUAUCCUGGCGGCCAAAGGCUGGUAUUUCUUGAUGGGAUUUAUCUCACUGAGCAAGUUCAGAGCACAGAAACGUAUCGGCCCUACUGCAACAGAGGACCUCAACAUUGCAGUGGCAUUCUUCAUGCAAGCCCUCGAAUUCAGUAUGGAUGACUGGGAACUGUGGUUCCGUUUGGCCCAAGCGUAUGACUCCAAAAUCGAAGAGGCUGUCUCAUGGACUGCUGAGAAGCUGAACGGCGAUAUGACUGAGCUAGUACAAUGGCAGCGAGCUGCAAUACACUGCUACACUAUGGCAGUUGCGUUGGCAAUGCGCUUCGCAGAACCAAGUGCAGACACUCAAGCAAAAUUCGCUGAGCUGUAUGCCGACUUUGCCAUGAGAAUAUACUCCUCAUCCAGAGAGCCGUUUGGCAUGAAAGCUUUUGCGCUCGAUGACGCUGAGAGAUUCCUCAGUCUGGCGACUAUCACGAAAGUUCCUCCUUUCAAGGCCUUGACGCCUUUUGCUGCGUUCAAGGUCGCCAGAGAGCUCUUUCGUCGUGCGAUACGCAUCACACCUAGUAAGUGGAAGCUGCACUUCUAUCUGGGCAAAUGUCUCUGGAAGAUGUACUGCAAUGCUCCGAAAGAGUCCGACCGACCAAGCAUCGACGCCAUCAUCAACGAGUUCUGCGAGUCUAUCAACUUACUACCACGAAAGAAGGAUUCAAAACGUGAGCCGAUCCUCGAGCCUCACUACAAGCUUGUCUCCGUUGUGCACAAGAUGGUUACUCGUCGCUUCAUCGAUGCCGCUGAAGGAUGUAGCAUUCUCACUGCUACGCCAUACGCUGCAAAAGCAGACCCGGUCUCUGACUUUGACUCAUGGGAGUCUUACAUCCUGAAGGUUCUCCGCAGUCUUCGCGCAGCGGACAAGGUUCAUUGGCACCAUCGCAUGAUUUACAGGACGGCGGCCAUUCUUUACCACGAUGGCACUCAAGAGUCAUACUGUCUGGCAGCGAAACAUGAGCUUAUGCAGCAAAUGUUCACGAAGACCAUGAUGAUGAACGUGUGGAAGCCAGAAAACGAGCGUCCUGGACGUCACUUCGUUUACACCACGAGGUAUGCCGACUUGUUUAUCAAGAUUCUCGAGUUCCUUGAAGAUCGCUCAUUGCUUGAUGCUCUCGCGAGAAGAGUCCGAAAGAAGACAGGAGAAUUCUUCGAGCAUGGCAAUCUUUGGCAGUCUCUCUGUACUGCCUACCUCAACGUACUCCGCCGUCACGGUCAAAUUCCUGUUGCUCAAGAAACUGCAAUCUUCAGCGGUAUCAACCAUGAUGACUUCCUCAGACGCAAGGAUUAUCUGGAGAAAUGGUGUCAGGAACCCGAAAACGCCAAUCAUUCUGUGUUGGAGACUAUGCAAGAAGUUAUCGAACUGAAGAAGAUCAAUGGCGGUCUGAUGAAAGCAGCGACGAUUGAUGAUCUGAUCGGUGACGCCUACGCUUAUCUCUACGAUACUGUGGGACGCAGGCUGUGGACUUUGGAAGAAGCCAAGGACGAAGCCAUAAAACAAGAGGCUCUCGCCAAGGAGCAAGCUGCUACUCCUUCCGUCGAACGGAAUCCUAUGAUGAACCUGUCACACCUCAUGAAUGUAGAUGGUGCACCCGACGCCUCUACCAAGGUACCUGGUCUUCCGACUGCUAACACAGUACCUGACGGCACGGCCACACCACCAACAGGCGAUCAAGCACCCGCAUCCCGCCGCAAGAUUGGUGUGGGCAGACGAGAAGUCCGUCUGUGUGCCGACGCUUGUAUCGCCGCCAAGCUUGGUGCCGGUACUGCCACAUCUGCAAGCAAUGAACCUCCUCGACCCCGUCAAGAAGUCUCAGUCGUGAUAGAAACAAGACGUCCUUCUUCGAAGCUGGCUGAUCAGCAAGGUACCACUACAGCAGAGGGCAGUGUCGCAGGUAGUAUCCACGAUUCUGCUGAUGACGAGAGUGAUAGCGAGCUCAGCGACAUUGAUGAGAAUGUUGUCGAAUUGGGUCCGACGCCAAUUCCUCGUCCUUCUGUCAAGCCUCCAAUGUUUCCGAACCUCAAGUCUCGCUUCUCGAGUGUCAAGGAUAGCGAUGUGCUCACCGACACUGAGGAGGAACACGAAGAUGGCGUUGGCGGCGCCGAUGAAGCCGAGGACUACGGCGAAGAAGGUGACGAGGAAGAAGCGGAAGAUGAAGAAGGCGACGGCGAGGAGGGCGAAGGCGAAGGGGAAGGCGAAGGCGACAUCGAAGAGGCGAUAGCAGAAGAUGCAGAGGACGUGGAAAUGGAGGACGAAGAUGAAGAAGCUGAGGAAGCUGAACCGGCAGCAGAAGCUGGUCAAGCUGCAUCAACAGCCUAG